UCGGAGCAGCCACAUUGGCCGGCACUGCAAGAGGGGCAAUCCUGUGGCCCCUGGGCAAGUGUCCCUUGACAGCGCCUCUCAGGUCAAGAGACGGGGUCCUGCUUUGGAUGGGCAAGUCCGAGAUCUGACCCUGGAUGCUUCCUUUGCACCUGGCACAGGAAGAACCUUGCCGGAAAAGCAACUUUGGAGUGGGGAGAGGGAAAAGAGUAUUUUGAAGGGAGUGGGUGAGACUGAGGCCAUCUUGAUGCCUCUUCAGCUUCCUUUCCUUCCCCUCCAAAGUGCUCUCACUAGAUGGACUCAAAAGCUCGUCUAGUGAAAGUGGUUGGAAGCAGAGCUGCCGCUACACCCCUUCCACCCCGCCAGCUUGGGGGCUCCCAAUCAAUUGCACCUCGAGGGUGGUGGUAGUUUUGGGGGAUAGACCUAUAGGUUUAUAUUAUGGAGGGUAUAGACAGAGGAAGGUCUUCGUUCCUCACAAUGGCGGAAUCAUUCAUCUUGUGGAUUGAAAACUGGUCUUGGUCGUUCUGGACGAAAAACUUUAUCAAUGCACUCAUAAUAGCUUUCUGGACGUCUAGCUGCAAAAUCGGGCUCGAUGAGACAAAAUCAUGGAUUAGCCAUGUUGGACUAAGCGAACCCUCCUUCCGGGACCAUUUGCUGGGAGCAAAGCAUGCUGGCUUCUUGCGUUGCUCUUGCAGGUGGCCCUGAAAUGCAGCUGGAAAGGAGGAAGCGUCUGUUGUCCCAUUUCUACACCGCCCUGUAGCGUAGCCCAAGCUCCGAGCGGCUGGCAACAGUAGUCACAGAGUCACGGACUGAGGUCACGCAUCCUGAUUCGAGCCAUGCCUGACCUCACUUAGCGUUCAAGAUUAGGCAGGAUAAAACACUUCAGGCUACAUGGAAGCUUGUGGAAAUGGCGCUUGCUCUCCGUCUGAAGGUCAAGCCUGAGGCUGGGCCUGGUCGGGCCCAGAUGAAUUCCCUGGUCUUUGCAUUGGGGGCUGGCGAACAGGCUCCUUUCAGUUAUGGUGUCCCUGGUCUGAUUCUGCCCCAGGGUCUUCUAUUCCCCGCGAAUGGAGUGCUGUGGAGAAGCCUCGGCACCUCGGCAGCAGCUCCCCAGAGGCGGACUCAGGUGGAGAGCACGAAGCCAGAGGGCGUCUUCCCGGCCACCAUGUUGCCAGGGGACGGGGUGGGGCCAGAGCUCAUGCACUCCGUCAAGGAAGUGUUCAAGGCCGCCGGAGUCCCCGUGCAGUUCGAUGAGCACCACCUGAGCGAGGUGCAGAACAUGGCCUCGGAAGAGAUCCUGGACAAGGUGCUUGAGUCCAUGAAGAAGAGCAAGGUGGCCCUCAUAGGAAAGAUCCACACCCCCAUGGAGUACAAAGGCGAACUUGCCUCGUAUGACAUGCGGCUCAGGCGCAAGCUGGACCUCUUCGCCAACGUCGUCCACGUGAGCAGCCUGCCCGGCUACAAAACGCGGCACAACAACCUGGACCUGGUGAUCAUCCGCGAGCAGACCGAGGGCGAGUACAGCUCCCUGGAGCACGAGAGCGCGAAGGGGGUCAUCGAGUGCCUGAAGAUCAUCACUCGGGCCAAGUCGCAGCGCAUCGCCAAGUUCGCCUUCGAUUUUGCCACCAAGAAGGGGCGCUCCAAGGUGACGGCCGUGCACAAGGCCAACAUCAUGAAGCUGGGGGAUGGGCUGUUCCUGCGCUGCUGCGAGGAGGUGGCUGAGCUGUACCCCAAGAUCAAGUUCGACACUAUGAUCAUUGACAACUGCUGCAUGCAGCUCGUGCAGAACCCCUACCAGUUCGACGUCCUGGUGAUGCCCAACCUGUACGGCAACAUCAUCGACAACCUGGCGGCCGGCCUGGUGGGGGGAGCCGGCGUGGUCCCCGGCGAGAGCUACAGCGCCGAGUACGCCGUCUUCGAGAUGGGGGCGCGUCACCCGUUCGCCCAAGCCGUGGGGAGGAACAUCGCCAACCCCACCGCCAUGCUGCUCUCCUCCGCCAACCUGCUGCGGCACCUCAACUUGGAGUACCACUCGGCCAUGAUCCGGGAUGCCGUGCGGAAGGUGAUCAAAGCCGGGAAGGUGCGGACGCAGGACAUGGGCGGUUACUCUACCACCUCUGACUUCGUCAAGUCUGUGAUCGAUCACCUGCACCCGCACUAUGGCGUCUAGGGCUCGGGCUGCCCCGGGCAGGACCCUGCACCCUCCCCGCCCCCUCCCCGCCACACACCUCCGGCCCGCAAGAGCCGUCUCGGCUGCCCGUCCUGGCAGAUCCUGGCUCACGCCACUGCCUGUCCCACACCGGAAGCCGGCUAGCCCAGCCCCCGUGGCGGGAGCAGGUCUUCCUCACACCCAUGCCCACCCCGGGCCCUCCGCCCGGACCCUCCGAAAGGGCUGCCGUGGAGGCCGGGCCCUGGGCCUGAGGCCGGGGGACUCCCGGCUCCUUGAGCCUGGAAGCGGCUGCAGCCGCUUCGUGCCCAGCCUGGUCCUUCGCAGGCUGGCAGCUUUGCUCGUGGGCACAGCGGCACGAGGGGUGUGAGGCUGGGGCUGUGCAGGGCGCCCUGCCGGCUCCCCUCCCCUGCCCUCACGGCUCUCGGCUGGCAGCAGCAGGCACCCCGCAGCCCAGGCUCCUCAAGCGUGGCGCAUGCGCACGCCCGGCAGGCUCCCCCUCAGCAGAGCUGAGCCGCCCCCUUUGCGGGAAGCGCUCUGUGGCCCCCCUCCUGCGCACGUGUCCCCGGGGAGAGCCCUUUCCUUGGCUCCUGCCGUCCUGAGGGACAGGCGGGACUCGAAGCAGACAGGAAGGGCUUCUGCAGCACCCACGAUCCUUUGCAGCUGGAAGCGCCCCGUUGCAAAUGGAGGCCGUGCGGAGCAGUCAGUCAGUCACCUGCCUGAGGAAUGUGCCUUGGUGGGCGUGCAGAGCGCCUAGGGGGGCUUGUCCUGGCCUCAGGCAGGCCUCGGCUUCCGGAGCAGAGGCUGCUGGCUGCUCUGUGUGUGUGUGAGUGUGAGCGAGAGCGCGAGUGAGUCCAAGAACUGGGGUGGGCAGAACAUUGUAAGUAAUCCUUUCCAAUCAUGACCCAUACUAAUUUUGAAUAAACUUGUAAGUCGGCUCCCUGCA